AGUAAUCUUUAUAAACAAACCACUUCUUCCAUUGUGCCUGACUGCUGUUCCUAAAUUUAAUUUGCCUUUGCCUUUGCCUGUCUUUGUCUUUGUCUCUGUAUCUGUGUCUGUCUGUGUAUACAGAUACACAUAUAAUUCAAUGGCUACUGCUGCUGCUUCACUUCACCAUCCUCAUUGCGCUGUUCCAUUUGCAACUGCUACUGCUUCUGCUACUCGUCUCAACAACCACCUCCCGAUGAUGCGACAAGGAAGGAGUGGUUUCCCUUGUAUCAGAUUCAGAAGAUUGCACUUCCAAAUCUGUGAUGCAAAUGCAGAGACAGUGAAGCAAGUGAGUGAUAUCGUAAGGAAGCAAUUGGCCUUAGCUCCUGAAGUUCAAGUCACGCCCGACUCAACCUUUGCCGAGCUUGGCGCCGAUUCCCUCGAUACUGUGGAAAUAGUGAUGGGGCUGGAAGAAGCCUUCGAGAUCACAGUGGAGGAAGAGAAUUCAGACAACAUAACCACCAUCAAAGAUGCUGCCGAUCUCAUUGAUAAAAUUCUUGAGAACAAACCCGCCUCACCUAGCGCAUCCCCAUCUACAUGAGCUGCAGUUUUUGGGUGACAACUCAAUGGAUGUGAAUUGAGAUGUUGGUAUUUGAUGGAUUGAUCCAUUAUUUUUCUGAUUCUUGUCCAUCUUUGUGAUCUAUUAAGUGUAGGAAAAUGUUUAAGUCAAGACACAUUUCUAAUGGUGUUGAUUGGAUUUUUGAAGGAAAUAUUUUGAUCAUAAUCGAUUUUUAUUUUAUUAUUA